CCUACUGCACCGCGCGCUGACGUUUAUGCCCUCAUUCCUUCGGCUUUUUUCGUCAUCCAGAAAAUAAGGCACGUAUUCAAUACUCCACUUUCUUUUUGGCUCUCUCACAACCUGUCCAAUUAAAACAAUAUAUCGGAGUAGUCGACCGCCUCAUCCAUGCAUUGGAGUCCUGGGCCCCAGUGCAUUGGCUCCCGCUUCAGCCAUGUCGGCCAGGAAUGCUUCGGCUGGCGGCGGUGACAGAGCGGGAGGCGAACCGGCAGAGGAUGUGCUGGUUGAGGAAAACCAAAGCAGUUCAGUCUCUCUGCCCAGCGUGAUGACCCCAUCCUCAGCUGCUGGGAUGUCCUUGAGUGUGGAGAUGCCCCGCAAGCGCAAAGGCAGUGUGGACAACCAGGAAUCCAAAUCCACUUCCAUCCCUGAUGCAGAUAUGGAAGAUGACCAAAACAGGUCAGAUGGAGAGGACCAACAUGUCAAAAUUAAAUGCUCCAGGGAACCACACAGACAAAUUGAGAAGAGGAGACGGGACAAAAUGAACAACCUUAUUGACAAGCUGUCAGCCAUGAUCCCCACUUGUAACCCCAUGUCUCGUAAGCUGGACAAACUCACUGUGCUCAGAAUGGCUGUGCAGCACCUCAGAUCUCUCAAAGGUUCAGCGAGCUCCUUUUCUGAAGCUAACUACAAGCCUUCAUUCCUUCCUGAUGAGGAGCUCAAACACCUCAUCCUCAAGGCUGCAGAUGGGUUCCUGUUUGUAGUGGGCUGUGAUCGUGGGAAAAUAGUUUUUGUCUCAGAGUCCAUCAUGAAGAUAUUAAAUUAUAGUCCGGCGGAGCUGAUUGGGCAGAGCCUGUUUGAUUACAUACACCCUAAGGACAUGGGAAAAGUGAAGGAGCAGCUGUCAGCUUCUGAAUUAUACCCUCGUGAACGGCUAAUAGAUGCUAAAACUGGUCUGCAGGUCCAGGCUGACCUCCCAGUUAGUGCAGCACGAAUGUGUUCGGGCGCACGGCGUUCUUUCUUCUGCCGCAUGAAGUACAACAAAAUUUCUGUCAAAGUGGAGAAGAAGGAGUUCCAGGCAAGCGCCUCUAAAAAGAAAGAGUCACAGAAGUACUGCACAGUCCACUGUACAGGCUACAUGCGCAGCUGGCCUACUAGUCAGUUGGGAGCAGAGGGUGAGGGGGAGGCAGAUAAGCAGGAUGGCUCCCACUUCAGCUGCCUGGUGGCGGUGGGACGAGUCCACUCCCACUCAUCUCCACAGGUUAACGGAGAAGUCCGAGUGAAACCCACAGAGUUCAUCACCCGCUACGCCAUGGAUGGCAAAUUCACCUUUGUCGAUCAAAGAGCGACAACCAUUCUUGGUUAUCUACCCCAAGAGCUGCUUGGGACAUCAUGCUAUGAGUACUUCCAUCAAGACGACCUGCCCCAUUUAGCCGACAGACAUCGAAAAGUGCUGCGGACUAAAGAGAAGAUAGAGACAAACUGCUAUAAGUUCAAAACAAAAUACGGCUCUUUUGUCACUCUGCAAAGUCAGUGGUUUAGUUUUGUGAAUCCCUGGACCAAAGAAGUAGAAUACAUAGUGUCAACUAAUACAGUCAUAUCGUAUGAUCACAGCCGAACAAGCCAGUCUGGAAACAAGUCUGAACAGUCAAGCAAUUUCAAGACUUCUGAAGAAGAUGACAAAAAGUCCCUCCCAGUUAUACCAGGCAUUUCCACCACACCUGGAACUAUGAUUUAUGCUGGAAGCAUUGGGACCCAAAUUGCCAAUGAGCUGCUGGAUUUCAACAGGAUGAACUCAUCACCUUCCAGCGGUAAUGUCAGCCCAUUCAGUCUACCACAGGAUAAGUCCCCUCAAAAUCACAAUCAGAACAGCAACAAUGUGCCAAACGGUGAAGCAGCCGACAUGGAGAUAGCUGGAAAGUCUAGCUCAGAGGAUGAGCCUCAAGGAGCAGCAUUCUCAGGAGGGGAGACACUCAUGGGAGAGAAUUCCCAGCUGGAUUUGGACAGUGUGGUUGGACCGGGCCUUAAUAGUCUUAGCAACGACGAAGCCGCCAUGGCAGUGAUCAUGAGUCUCCUGGAGACAGACACAAACUUUGGAGAGGCUGUGGACUUGGAAGAGAUGCACUGGUCUUUAUAGAAUCUGCUGUUGCAGUGUGACGCUGGCGCACACUGAGGAAAAAAAAACACUUGGACCAUCAGUUUUUGAUGAUGAGAACUGCUUUGAUGCCAAGACCAGGCAUUCUGUUUUUUAGACUUUUUUUAUUUAUUAAUUACAUUUUUUCACAUAAGCUGUGUAGCCUUCAGAUGGCUGCUCUAACAGGGAGCAGGAUUGAUGACAAUAAGGGACAUCUGCUUUCCCUGUUCAGGAGGAGGAUGUGCCUCUACAGCCUUACAGCGGUCUGUCUGCCCUGAAACAUUGUUCCUCACUGCUUUCCUCACAUCUACUGUCAUCUUCCAUUUAACUGACGAGGCCUCUAUAGAUUGAAGAACACAAAUGAUAGUGAUAUGAUGUACAUCAUGAUGGCUUUGGGUUCCUGCUUAUAUUCCUCUCCUCCAUCUACAUUUGAACAAAGGUUUGGGGGUGACCAAGCAAAAAACAUGCACUGAAUUGAUUUCAUGUUUUUUAAAAUGUUGUAAUUUGGUUAGGUACUGUAUUAAUAAUUAAAAUGCAAGGAAGAAACCUUGAUAACCCAACCCAUCUGUGUGACCCUCAGGGUCCAGCCCACAGCUAGCUUAUGUACCAAUCGAAGACCACACUUCUAUGGCCUCUAACGUUGAGACUCACCCAAUUAUGUGCUGCUCAGAGGUUUUCUCUUAACUUGUCAGACACCGACAAGUUAAGUUUUCAAUGGAAGCAGUCCAGGAACUUCUCUUGUACAGUGAUGGGAACAUGCUGUGUAUGUAUACAUUUGGUAUGGUUGCAGGCCAUAUCUGUCUUAAAGAGAUGGUUUGCUUAGGACAAAUAUUUUCAGUUCACAAUAUGCCCACUUCUACAGGUUGCCCUGCACUUCAUUUGCCCUUGCUUUAAGCAUUUAACAUUUCGUCUUCAUAAAUGUGUUGGAGUGCAGCUGGUUUUGGUGGUUGACCAUUCAUGAACUCCUGUGGAUUUAAGAGCAUAGCAGUGCUACAUCAUGCAAAGCAAAACAGCAUUUUAGCUAAACUAGAGGGUUGGUAGCAACAGCUGAACAGCAAGGCCAUUUCACAUAUGGGACAUUUUAUCAAUAUAUGCUUGAGGUUGAGUCUGACAGUAGACGUGUUAACCCAGGAAGUGAAGAAAACAAAGUUGGCCCAUAUAAACAUAGUAAUGACAUAGUUAUUUGUAACUGUAGCAGUAUUCUGUACUCCAUUUUAAAUUUUAUAUGCUUUCCUCUGUAAGGUACAUGGGUAUGUGGUGUAAUGAGUCUGUACUUAUUACUGUUUCUGCUUUCUAUCUUAGUUAAGCCAUAUCUUUAGCUGUUUUUAUGUACUGUUACACACUGACAGUCCUUCAAAAGGACUAGUUUUUGUGCUUGUCAAACAUACAGUAUUGUCAGGUGACUUUAUACAGCAUCAUUCCAUAAAUUCAAA